AUGGCAGAUAAUAUUCGAUCGGUUCAAAUUACAAUAAUCAAUGAUAAAAUAUUUCAAUGUGCACAAUCAACUUGUUCACCAUUUAACAAUCUGACAACAUCAAACAUCCUGUUAUGUCAAAUCGCUUGUUUAAAUCGAAAUCAAUGUAUGGCAGCUACUUUUUAUAAAUCAAAUUCUCAAUGUCAAUUAUUUAAUGAUUCACUAAAUGAAAACGGGAAUAUGUCAGAUGAAAUGAACGCUAUAACAAUGAUUACAAUUAUUGGAACACGAUACCCGCCCGAUCUAACUUUGAUUCCAAUAUCAUCAACAACAAUGUCAGUAUCAACAACAGAACUACCCCGCGGUAAGUCAUAUGAUCGCAUAGCUAUCACUUCUUUUAGUACAUCCGUUCAAAUCGAUCGCUAUGAUAAAGUUCUUGUUUUGCUCGACAAUUAUUAUUUUUCAUUUGAAAAAUUAUUCAAACCAACAUCAGAAGUAUUGAUACUGAUUAAUCUUGUGUGA